UACAAUUCUUAUAUUCUUUGUAUAUUUUUUGAGUUCAUAAACUCUUCUGUGAAAUUUUUAAUUAUGUACCCACUUUAUAGUUCUACAGUUACAACUACGACGGUAUAUUAAAAGUAAAUAUAACCAAACACUAAAAUGUUGGGUUAGAGAUCGAUGAAAGUCACUUUUCAUAACUAGUAAAGUAGUACUACUAUUUUAGACGGGAAAAUGCUUUAUGUGAUAGUAGAAAUUAAGCAUUAAGGCGUCGGAAUUAACAAAUGUUAGUUAUGUGAUAUUUACUAAAUAUCUUACCAUAUUUGGAAACUAACGACAGAACAAUUAAUAAAGUGAAUUGCCGCAACUCCAAGUUCCUGUCUGACACGUGUAUUUAAUAAAUUCUCUUAUACUAUUUUCAUUGAUAAAAUAAUUUAUUCAAUUAGUAUUUUUACAGAAAGGCAUAUGGGCUAUUUGUACUAUGUAUUUUGUUCGAUCUACCUUCUUACUUUUUUGGGUAAAUAUCUUUCGUACAUAUCCAUUAAAAAUAUUACUUUUUCCUAUGAUCAUAAUAAGGUCUUUAAUAUCUUAAAAGAUUGUUUUAUCACUAAUAAAAAUAACUAAAUAAGAAAAGCAAAAUAUUAAGUAAGUGUUUUUUGUCAGAGGGACGCAGUCCUGUGAUGCGCCCAUUCAGUAUUUCCACAUGACAUCUGAAAAAGACUAAAAAUAAACUAUAAACAUGUACGGACAUGUUAAAAAAGGAAAUAUUAUUGAUAAUGGAAAUUUACCUAAAUCACACUAUACGUCUAAUAUUAUUUCACUCCUUUUUAUCCAAACAAUUCCAUUAAGUUUCCACUAUCCCCCAUAAUUAAACUAUGAAAAGAAUCAGUGAUUAAAGUUAUAUAUAUACACACAUAUGAACUAUAUCUAUAUAUACUCUUAACCUAGGAACUUUACAAGAACUUCAUUCUAUUUCGUUAGUUGCUUUUCUUUUUCCUUUCUCUACCUUUAUUAAAAUUAUACACAAAUACUAUUUUGUACUAGAAACUUGGUACUUACCAUAUAUUUAAUCUACCAAAAAUGUCUCGAAUUAAGAGGUGUGUGUGCAUAUAUAUAUCCUUAGUUUAUUCCUCGAAUAGAUUGUUGACUCUUGGCUCAACCUUACUCUCUUUCUAUUUCUACCUUUCUCUUUCCCCUUAUUCGCCCUCUCCGUCUACGUUUCUCUUUUGGUCUUGGUAAGAUCUACAAAAAACAAAACCCUAGAAAAGAGAAGAACCAGAGGAGAAUCAAUUAGAGAAUAAAAUUGAUGGGAAGAGGAAAGAUUGUGAUCCAAAGGAUCGAUGAUUCUACGAGUAGACAAGUCACUUUCUCCAAACGAAGAAAGGGUCUUAUCAAGAAAGCCAAAGAGCUAGCUAUUCUCUGCGACGCGGAGGUCGGUCUCAUCAUCUUCUCUAGUACCGGAAAGCUCUAUGACUUUUCCAGCUCCAGCAUGAAUUCAGUUAUUGAUAGAUACAACAAGAGCAAGAUUGAACAACAACAACUAUUAAACCCCGCAUCGGAAGUAAAGUUUUGGCAGAGAGAAGCUGCAGUUCUAAGGCAAGAAUUGCAUGCUUUGCAAGAAACCCAUCGACAAAUUAUGGGGGAACAACUAAAUGGUUUGAGCGUCAACGAGCUAAACAAUCUUGAGAAUCAACUUGAGAUAAGUUUGCGUGGAGUUCGUAUGAAAAAGGAACAAAUGUUGACUCAUGAAAUCCAAGAACUAAGCCAAAAGAGGUACCUCAUACAUCAGGAAAAUGUUGAAUUGUCAAGAAAAGUACAAAGGAUUCAUCAAGAAAAUGUGGAGCUCUACAAGAAGGCUUAUACAACAAACACAAACGGGUUUACACACCGUGAACUAGUUGUCGCGGAUGAUGAAUCACACACUCAGAUUCGGCUGCAGCUAAGCCAACCGGAGCAUUCCGAUUAUGAGACCCCACCAAGAGGAAGCGAAUAACAGCAUGUGAUUGAAGUUCGAAGAUACCAUGAUGUUGAAGAACAAACCAAAGUUUUGGUUUGAAUAAUUGGAAACAAAGAAGAAACCUCAAGAAACCAAGCAUGUUUCUUCUCAUCAAUCAUAUAUAUAUUUUUCUCAUUCUCUUGUGCAUUUGAAUUAUAUAAUUGAAGCAUAUAUAAUACAGAAGAAAUACAAGUAAACCGGUGUUUGUUAUACUCAUCCUGAGUAUAUAUUAAUAUGUUGUCUUUUUUUUAUAACCA